AUGGGAGUUUUCAAAUACUUCUGUUAUGAUGUCACGGAUGAUGGACUGCUUCGUAUGUUGCGUGUGAUAAAGAAGGAUCUGAAACCCGCAAGAAAAAAGGAUACAGACCGUGAAGACCAUGAUGAUGAUGAUGAUGAUCUUGUCGAUAUCGAAGAAGCAGAGGAAUAUCAAGAACCUCCUCUUGAUAUUGGAGCUCCACGUGACAUUGAAGAAGCGGAGGAAUAUCAGGAACCUGAUGAAACUGAGACAGGUGAAACCGGUGAGAGUGAUGAACAGACAGAUGACUCUGAGGCAGUAGUUCGAGUUCAGGCAUCUGAGGAUGAACCUCCUGAGGACUCUGAUGAUUCUGAUGGAGGAAUGGACGAUGAGGCCAUGUUUCGGAUGGAUGCUUUUCUUGCACAAAAAUUUAAGAAGUCGAAUAACCAGGCUGGAAGUGGAACUGCUCACUCCCAGCUCGUGCUCUUCAAGCUUCGUGUUCUCUCGCUGCUGGAGAUUUACCUGCAUGAGAAUCCAGGCAAGUCUUUUGUCGACAAAUCUAAGUUUAGAUGA